GUGUAUGCGGGACAUUGUCCACACAGUGCGGCUGUUUUCAGAAAGAUCUCUGCGGCCUCAGCAGCCAGGGGCAGCCAGGCUCUCCGCGCCCCCUCCCGUGUAAACACCCCAUUCAUCCUGCUGGCUGGCACUGAGGCUCGUGCGCUCUGCGGCUGCUGGCAUCAUCCAUGUACUGUCAAUGUGGCUAGUGGCUUAUUUACUGUGCAUCAUCUGACCGGAGAAGACAUCUGACUGGCACCAUGAGCAGCACUGUGUUUCAACAGCAGGCUGUCCACAGCCCUCUGGAGCAGCAGAAGCAGAAGCAGAAGCAGGGUGGAGGAGGGGGACCCAUCGCCUGUCAGAACUGUGGGAAGCCCUGCAAAGGGGAGGCACUCCGAGUUCAGAACAAACACUUCCACAUCAAGUGCUUUGUCUGUAAAGUGUGUGGUUGUGAACUGGCCCAGGGAGGCUUCUUCGUGCGGCAGGGUGAAUACAUCUGUACUCUGGACUACCAGCGACUCUACGGGACUCGUUGCUUCAGCUGCCAGGACUUCAUUGAGGGCGAGGUGGUGUCCGCCCUGGGCAAGACCUACCACCCCCGCUGCUUCGUCUGCGCCUCUUGCAAGCAGCCAUUCCCGGCCGGCGACCGAGUGACUUUUAACGGGAAGGAGUGUAUCUGCCAAAAUUGUACUCAGCCUCUCCCUGCCAACAGCCCUGCACCCAUACAGGCUGUCCACAAUUGCUGUGGCUGUGGGAAGGAGUUUAAGAAUGAACAGUCUCUUGUAGCACUGGACAAACACUGGCACCUGGGCUGCUUCAAGUGUAAAGUCUGCAACAAGAUGCUCAAUGCUGAGUACAUCAGCAAGGAUGGGAUCCCCUACUGUGAGAUGGACUACCACGCCAUGUUCGGCAUCCAGUGCGAGAGCUGCAAGAAGUACAUCACUGGAAAAGUCCUGGAGGCUGGAGAGAAGCAUUACCACCCCACAUGUGCCCGCUGUGCCCGCUGUGAGCAGAUGUUUGCAGAGGGAGAAGAAAUGUACCUGCAAGGAUCUUCUAUCUGGCAUCCUCCGUGCAGGCAAGCAGCCAAGCAGGAGGAGAAGAGUAAGAAGCAGGUCCGGAUACAGCUCAAUGACGUCCCUGAGCAACAGGUGACCCGUACUUCAAAUGAAAGCAUCACCUCAGUCCCAGCGUCCAGCGCCUCAGGCUCUCCCAGCAGAGUCAUCUAUGCCAAACUGGGAGAGGAGAUGCUGGACUACAAGGACCUAGCAGCUCUUCCAAAGACCAAGGCCAUCUAUAACAUAGACAGGCCUGACAUGCUGUCCUACUCCCCAUAUAUCAGCUACCCAUCUGAGGAGAGGCACUACGGAGAGUCCCCCCAGCUGCUUUCCCCUACUCCUACUGAGGGUGAUGAGGAGAAGUCACCCCGUCAGAGGAGGCCCUCCAGCCCCAGCUCCAACAGUUCCCUGGGGGGCUAUGGACGUUACACCCCAUCCCGUUCCCCCCAAAAUUACAGCCGACCAGGGCCAGAGUUAUACCUUGGCGGUAGAUACAGCAACCAGGCCCGUGACUCCAGUUCCCUUCCUUUGCCCCCAACCCUCAUGGGUGGCAUUAAGUACCCUUCAACCUGGGCCAGGGACUCAUCCUCCCUCCCUGUUUACUAUUCUGGUGGGGCUGAAGGGAGUGGAGGUGGUGGUGGUGGUGGCAAGUACUCACCUACACCAGCAGGUGGCAGUGCAGGUUUGUCUUUACACCUAAACCCCACCACCCUGGCCAUGCUGCAGCAGCACAACUUCAUCCCUUACUUCAGAGGUAGUGAAAGUGGUCGGAGUACCCCCAGUUUAUCCACCUAUUCCGAUGGCAAAUCCCCUUCAUCUACUUCUACAUAUGUGGCUGCUCCCCGGCAUUUCCACAUACCAGCAGUAGUGCUGUGUACCAACAACACUACACAUCUAGAUCACUGCAGCAAGGUUAAACCUGGAGAGACUAUGGUCAAAGAUAAUAUCUAUAGAAAACCCCCCAUCUACAAACAGCAUGCUUCUAGAACAUCCUGGCAAGAUGGGGAGGAUAGCAAGAGGACCAGUUGGAUGAUCUUGAAGAGUGAGAUUGAUGGACAGAUGGGUCCAGAAGACCUGGACCCCCGUAAAUCCACUUGCAGUCUGCCCACUGACACCUCCCAGCCAAAUUUUCCCUACAAUAAGUCUGCAUCUUUACCCGGAUAUGGAAGGAAUGGUAUCUACAAGGCUGCUGAGAUGGUGGAGGAUGAAGUGGACCCAGACUCCCAGAGCUGGGGAGGCAUGCGAGAGUACAAGGUCUACCCUUAUGAAAUGCUGGCAGUGACGCAUAGAGUGAAAGUGAAGCUUCCCAGAGACGUAGAUCGCACCAGACUGGAGAGACACCUAUCUCCUGAGGACUUCAAGCAGGUUUUCGGCAUGACACUGGAGCAGUUCGACCGCCUGGCCCUCUGGAAGAGGAACGACCUUAAGAAGAAGGCACGCCUUUUUUAGACAGACAAAAAAAAAAAAAAAAACGCCAAGCAA